AAUUUUUUAUAGGAGUUGAUCAUUGGACCUCAUAAUCUGCUCCAUAUACAGGUACAAGACUGAACAUCUUUGCAGUAUCCCCUUAGACAGUACAUAAUAAUUUUUAUAGGUUGGUGGGUUCUACUAGUAGGUUAAUGUUUUCCCCAAAUUGAAGCUUUUCUCCAGUGCCUGAUAUUCCCCUCAAAUUCUCAGUUCUUGUGACUGUAUCUACUUAGCCAAAAUUUAGGGUUUUAUUUUCUAAUUAUUUCCUACAUACAUGACUCAUUUCCAAUGUUUUCUAAUUCUGACUUGUAUUGUUCUAUUUAUAUUUCUUAGCAUUUUAAAACUCCUUUGGUGACAGUAUGUUACAGUUGUGAUCUAUCCGUAUAUUCCUGUGAUAUUUUUGUUAUUUAUAGAUAAAUUAGUUUACUACUCCUCUUCCCUAAUAGCACAUUUGCAUCACAUUCCACUGCUUCGUUUUCUGUGAGCAUUUCUAUAGAAUACUAAAUGAUCAGGGUGGUUUUUCUAAGAGCUCCCUCUUCUGUUACUGUUGUGAAAUGCUUGAAGAUUCAGCAGCGUGUUUUCUGGCUCACUUUCCCCUACAGCAGUGGUAGUGAACCCAGGUACGUGUGCUGCAGCGGGCGCGCAGAGCCCUCUGUGCUGGCGCACGAGACAAGUUUCCUCGGCAUCGCCCCAGAGGCUGAGCACUCAGGUUCACUUGCAGUGUUGGCACUUUGCCAUAAAUGAAUGGGUUUUGGGUUGCAGUUUGGACACUUUGCCUCUACAAGUUUUGCCAUCACCGCCCUAAAGUAAGCUGUCCUGUUCCCUUGUCCCUGUUAUUUCUGUUCUGCUCAUUUUUUAUUCCAUCUGCAAUAGUUUCUUCUCAGUGUAGUAACCUAUCUCUGGAGAGAGCCAUGGUUGCCUAGUUUCAAAAUUUCUUAUACCCUACGGUGUUCCAAGGGCUCUCCAAAUUUACAAAGAACAUCACACAUAAUCUACUAUUGCAAUGGACAAAGUCUGCCCAGGGUUAUCUCCUGUUCUGUGAUUGGCUUUCAGUUAGUAUCGCUUGGAUACUGGGAGUUCUUUCUUCUCAAGUCCUCUGCUUUCUUCCAGGUCCUUUACUCCUCAUUUUGCUUUAACAGUUACUGAACCUACACAGAACAGUAGAAAUUCUCACUGCUUAUAUACGUUUCCCCUCAUGUACAUUUUAUAAAAUAGGAGUUUUAAAACUGUUAGAUGUUAAAAUUUUAAAUGUACUUAAGUGACAUAGGAAAACUGAAAGGGAGAACUGAAAGUGGGAAAUUCCUGUGAAACAGAGAGGACCAUCCCAUAUAAAUAGCCCAUACUCAUGGAGGAAGGACACUCAAACUGCAGACUUCUGGAGACGUUGCUCCAUCGUGCAGGUAACAGACGACACCUUUCCGGUUUUCAUCAUGGCCAGCAGGUGUGUCCUCCAAAUUGCUCUCUUGUUGUCCUUCACCACAUCUCUUUCCUUGAGCUACAACUUGCUUCAACUUCAGCAACAACAACACAGCAGCACUUUGGCCUGUCUGGAGCUUCUGAAGCAGAUGAAAGGAAAGCCUGACUAUUGCCUGAAGGACAGGAUGGACUUCAGAUUCCCUGAGGAGAUCAAGCAACCACAGCAGUUCCAGAAGGAGAAGGCUGCUCUUGUCAUUCACGAGAUGCUUCAGAAUAUCUUUGGUAUUUUCAGAAAAAAUGUCCCAAACACCAUGUGGAAUGAGACCAUUGUGGAGAACCUCCUUGUUGAACUCCAUCAACAGAUGGGUCACCUGAAGUCAGCAAUCCUGCAGGAAGUGCUGGAGGGGAAAACCCUCACCGCAGAGGACACCACGGCCAUUCUGCGCCUGAAGAGCUACUACUGGAGGAUCAGGAGGUACCUGAAUGCCAAGAGGAACAGCAUUUGUGCCUGGACAGUAGUUCGGGUGGAACUCUUGAGGAACUUUUCCCUCAUUGACAGACUUACAGAUUGCUUCUAAGACUGAAGAUCUUCCAGUCUGUGCACUGGGACAGGACAAUGCCUUCAGGAAGUUCUCAUAAGAGGCUGGUAACAA